AUGGAUGAACUCAUGGAUCUUCUCUCCUACCAGUGCCCUUUUACUGGACGGAAACGAAUAGCUGGCUGUGAGGAUGGCCAACUAUACACAGAUGACUACAACAAGUUGAAGUUACUUGGUGACAGUUUUGACGCUGCCACAUUUGAUUGGAACUUGACAAAGCCAUUUGGCCUGUUGAACCGCUGUGCUCCGGCCUGCUGCAAGCACGUUGUGCAGAUUGCCCAGAGAGAGGUUGAGUCGAACCCGCGCGCUAGCCAAGCGAUGAGAGAGUUUUCUGCCAUCAGAGAAGCUGAUGCUGAGAUUGGAGCUCGGCGUGUUUUGGUGAAACAUGGGCUGUCGGCCCCUGUUGAACUUUCUACCCUUGAUUUGGGUGAUUCUAGAGAUAUGAAAAAAUUUCCAUGGUUAAAACCAGCCAGUUGGUUUCAACACCUCCUCGACAUCGGUGCUUUGCAGCGACAACUGGUUGGAGUUUCAACACUGCAGAAAAUGAGAGGUGUGCUUCAAGAGUUUUGGGAUAGAUACCGGUGCUUAGAUGAUGGGCAUCCUGUGUACAGCUUGCAAAAUGCAGGCGUCCUUUCUUUAGAUCGGCUGAUUCCAUUCUACAGUCAUUCGGAUGAGGGCCGGACAUUUCGAGAUGCUCCUUUGUUCGUUUUGAACAUUCAUGGCGUCAUUGGCCGUGGCACAGUUGCAUACCUGAAGGGUAACAAGCAUCGUGCUCCAGUGGCUGAAAAUUCCCAGGGCCUCAAUUAUGUUGGGAACACAUGGUCAACACAUUUUCUGAUUGCGACAAUGAUGAAAAAUGUGACUACUCCAGAAACUUUGUCAGCACUGAUGUCUGGCUUUGCGGCGGAUUGUAGGUCUUUGCUGCAUGAGGGACUCGGCAGUGGCAUGGACAGAUUUUGGUUCAUCCAUUUGGGGAGCAAGGGUGACCUCCCGGCACUUGCCAAAAUUGCCCGUUUCACUCGUACUUUUGGUCAUGCCCCCAGAGCUUCGAAAUCAAAAAAGCCAUCCCGAGGAAUUUGCUGGAAAUGCCUUGCAGGUCAAGAAAAGGAUGACCGCAACCAUCGCCCAGUGUUUCCUUUCGAGGAUGUGUCGUCCAACCCCAUUUGGGAAGGUACAAUCUGUCAGGAAGUUGCUUGGGAAGAAAGACCUUCAAUCCUAGAAGGUUUGGAUUUGGAUGAUUCAAGGGCAACCAAAUUCUUUCAGAGCGAUUUUUUCCACAACGUCCACUUGGGAGUACUCAAGAGUUUCUGCUCCAGCGCCUUAGUGAGCUUGGUUGAGGCCAACCCUCCUUUGCCAUGUUUUGAAGGUUUGGGGUCGGUAGACAAGAAGUUUGACCGACUUUCAACCAUGUACCAGCAAUACUUUAGGGACCGAGGCAAGAAACCAUGGGUUUCAGAGCUGUCCAGAGAUUUGGUCUGUUGGCCGAUGUCUUCGACAUGCCCAGCUGCCAAGUGGAACAAGGGCAUGGCAUCGACGGAAAUCCUGCGAUUCAUUGAUUGGUUUGCAGCUGCCUGCGCAAAGGCAAUGAACGUUGCAGUGACCUUCUUGUACCGGAAUGGGCUUUGGCUGAGAGAUGUUCAGGCAAGAAGGCUAUCGGCAUGGCUUUUUGGGUUUUUGGCACACUAUGCCAUGUUGGCGAGCCUGACGUUGGCUGCUGGGAAAGCACGGUAUCCUGUUUACCCAAAGUCUCACAUGGUUUGUCACACCGCUGUGCUGUCGCCAUUGGCAACAGCAUGCCAACAGGCGGAAGACUUCAUAGGGAAGCCUUCCAAAGUUUCACGUUCCACCAAUAUAAGGCAAGCCCAUAGAUCUGUAAUUUGGAGAAGUUUGAUUAAAAUUCAGUUCUGUUUGCAGGAAGCUGCGCUUGAUGAACGCGGCAUGGAUUCAUACCCAGAUUUGUGA